GCUCGAGACCUCAGUCUGCUGGCAACCUUUGGUGGGGGAGGACGUGUGCGCCUCCACUACACGCUGCUGCCCGCCACUAGCUUAAAAAGGGGGAAGUUUUGCUAUGGAUUCUCCGUGUUGACGGUCGACACAGAGUGACAAGAAUACGGCAGGCAUAUUGCAGGUGCACAGUGACACUGAGUAGCACCGGUCCUCUGUCGCCACAAACCCCACACACCGACUCCCACCGCGGCCACGGCAGUGCUGGACCCAACAUUACUUGAAAACACACCCAGAAAAACAAACACUCCCUCUCUCCUGCCUUCCCUGCGACUCUACCAAGAUGGCGGAUAUAGACGUGAAUGAUCCCGAGCUGAAAUACCUGGUGGUGUCGCGGGACACGUUCGAGGACCCGGCGAGCCAGGCGGAAUGGACGCAGAAGCGGCUUGUGUGGAUCCCGCACGCCGAACAUGGCUUCGUGGCGGCCGGCAUCAAGGGCGAGGUGGGCGACGAGGUGGAGGUGGAGAUCGCGGACACGGGCAAGCGGGUACGAGUGGCCAAGGACGACAUACAGAAGAUGAACCCGCCCAAAUUCAAUAAGGUGGAGGACAUGGCCGAACUCACCUGUUUGAACGAAGCCUCUGUCCUCUACAACCUGAAGGAGAGAUACUACUCCGGCCUGAUCUACACGUACUCCGGCCUCUUCUGUGUGGUGGUCAACCCGUACCGCCGGCUGCCCAUCUACACGGAGAAGGUGAUUGAAAUGUACAAAGGCAAGAAGAGACACGAGAUGCCCCCUCACGUCUUCGCUAUCACAGACUGCGCCUACAGGUCCAUGCUUCAAGAUCGCGAGGACCAGAGUAUCCUGUGCACGGGAGAGUCAGGCGCCGGCAAGACUGAGAACACGAAGAAGGUGAUUCAGUACCUCGCCUACGUGGCCGCCUCCAAGUCCAAGGGCGGAGCAUCGGGGGAGGAUCUUCACCUCCAACAACAACAACUAGUACAGCAACAACAACAACCACAACACAUAGGCAACGUCUUCAAACCCGCUGUUCAACAAGAGUACAAGAGCAUAGCGGGAGAGCUGGAAGCACAGCUGCUGCAGGCCAACCCCAUCCUUGAAGCCUUUGGUAAUGCCAAGACUGUCAAGAAUGACAACUCAUCCAGAUUCGGCAAAUUCAUCAGGAUCAACUUUGACAACUCCGGCUACAUUGCUGGUGCCAACAUUGAAACUUACCUGCUCGAAAAGUCCCGUACCAUACGUCAAACCCAGGAUGAACGCACAUUCCACAUUUUCUACCAGCUGCUGGCUGGAACCACUCAGCAGCAGAAACGAGACUUCAUCCUGGAGGAUCCCAAGCACUACAUCUUCCUGACUCAGGGCAAGAUCACUGUGGCAGGCUUUGAUGAGGUGGCUGAGUUCCAGGCCACUGUGAAGGCCAUGCAGAUCAUGGGCAUCAACAAUGAGGACAUUCAGUCCAUCUUCAAGACUGUCUCAGCUGUACUGAUGUUCGGCAACAUGCAGUUUAAGCAGGAACGUAGCAAUGACCAGGCAACACUCCCAGACAAUACUGUCGCUCAGCAGGUGGCUCACUUGUUGGGACUUAACGUGACUGACAUGGUGCGAGGGUUCCUCAAGCCACGCAUCAAGGUCGGCCGUGAGACUGUCACCAAGGCACAGAACAAGGAGCAGUGUGAGUUUGCUGUGGAAGCCAUUGGCAAGGCUCUUUAUGAGAGGCUCUUCAAGUGGAUUGUGAUGCGCAUCAAUCGCUCGCUGGACCGCACCAAGCGCCAGGGAGCCUCCUUUAUCGGCAUCCUGGAUAUUGCUGGUUUUGAGAUCUUUGCCAUGAACAGCUUUGAGCAACUGUGCAUCAACUACACCAAUGAAAAGCUACAGCAGCUGUUCAACCACACCAUGUUCAUUUUGGAGCAGGAGGAGUACCAGCGUGAAGGAAUCGAGUGGAAGUUUAUCGAUUUCGGCCUUGAUCUGCAGCCAACCAUUGACCUCAUUGAAAAGCCCAUGGGUAUUCUGGCCCUGCUGGAUGAGGAGUGCUUCUUCCCCAAAGCCACAGACAAGAGCUUCAUUGACAAGCUCAAUACCUCCCACUCUGUCCAUCCAAAGUUCUGCAAGUCUGAGUUCAGAGACAAGGCUGACUUUGCAAUCGUGCAUUAUGCUGGAAAGGUCGACUACUCUGGCCACCAGUGGCUCAUGAAGAACAUGGAUCCUCUCAAUGAGAACAUUGUGUCCCUCUUGCAGACCUCUCAAGACCCAUUCGUUGUGCAGAUCUGGAAGGAUGCUGAGAUUGUAGGCAUGGCACAGCAGGCAAUGGGUGACAGCCACUUUGGAGCACGCACCAGGAAGGGAAUGUUCCGAACUGUAAGUCAGCUGUACAAGGAACAGCUCACUAAACUCAUGAUGACACUCAGAAACACCAACCCCAACUUUGUGCGCUGUAUCAUCCCCAACCAUGAAAAGCGAGCUGGCAAGAUUGAUGCCGGACUGGUUUUGGAUCAGCUGAGAUGCAAUGGUGUCCUGGAGGGCAUCAGGAUCUGCCGCCAGGGCUUCCCCAACCGCAUACCCUUCCAAGAGUUCCGUCAACGCUAUGAAUUGCUGACACCCAAUGUCAUCCCCAAGGGCUUUAUGGAUGGCAAGAAGGCUUGUGAGAUGAUGAUCCAGGCACUGGAGCUGGAGCCCAACCUGUACCGUAUUGGACAGUCCAAGAUAUUCCUACGUGCAGGUGUGCUGGCCUCACUGGAAGAGGAGCGAGACAUCAAGAUGACAGACCUCAUUGUACAGUUCCAGGCAUAUUGUCGUGGUAUGCUGGCUCGUAAGAACUACCAGAAGAGGAUCCAGCAGCUCAAUGCCAUCAGAAUUAUCCAGCGAAACUGUGCUGCUUACCUGAAGCUCCGCAACUGGCAGUGGUGGCGGCUAUACACCAAGGUGAAGCCUCUACUGCAGGUGACAAAGCAGGAGGAGAAACUGGUACAGAAGGAAGAGGAACUGAAGGUUAUACAGAAUGUUUUGGAGACGCAAAAGAAAACCAAUAAGGACAUAGAAGUCAAAUUCCAGCAGGCAUUACAGGAAAAGAAUGUCCUUGCUGAACAGCUCCAGGCAGAGACUGAACUAUGUGCAGAAGCAGAGGAGAUGCGGGCGCGUCUCCUAGCUCGAAAGCAAGAAUUAGAAGACAUAUUACAUGAUAUGGAGACACGUUUAGAGGAAGAGGAAGAACGCACUGGUAAUCUGUCUUCAGAGAAAAAGAAGCUGCAGCUUCAAAUUCAGGAUUUGGAAGAGCAGCUAGAAGAGGAAGAGGCUGCUAGGCAGAAGCUGCAGCUGGAGAAAGUACAGUGUGACAGCAAGAUUAAAAAGCUGGAAGAGGAGUAUGCCAUUUUAGAUGAUACAAACCAGAAGCUCUUGAAGGAGAAGAAGUUGAUGGAGGAGCGUACCUCAGAUGUAUCUAGCACACUUGCAGAGGAGGAAGAAAAAUCCAAACACCUUAUGAAAUUGAAGGCCAAACAUGAGUCCAUGCUCACUGACCUUGAGGAUCGCAUCAAGAAGGAGCAGCAGGGUCGCUCAGAGCUGGAACGUGCCAAGCGCAAAUGUGAGACUGACCUCAAUGACCUCAAAGAACAGAUAAAUGAGAAGAAGAACCAGAUCCAUGAGGUGCAGAUUCAGUUGGCCAAACGAGAGGAAGAGCUGGCUCAGGCCAUGAUGAGAGUGGAUGAGGAGGCUGCUGCCAAGAGCCAACUCCAGAAGAGUAUGCGUGAGGUGGAAUCACAGCUCAAUGAGCUGCAAGAAGACCUUGAAGCUGAACGUAACCAGAGAGCCAAGGCUGAAAAACAGAAGCGAGACCUGAAUGAAGAGCUGGAGGCUCUAAAGAAUGAAUUGCUAGACUCCUUGGACACGACAGCUGCUCAGCAGGAGCUGCGUAGCAAGCGUGAGGAGGAGCUGGCAUCUCUCAAAAAAAGUCUUGAGGACGACCAGUCUGUGCACGAGCACCAGAUUGCUGAAUUGCGGCAGAAGCAUUCUCAUGCCAUCGAGAACCUCAAUGUAGAAAUUGACCAACUCAAGAAGAUGAAGAGUGGCUUGGACAAGUCCAAGAACCAGCUAGAGGCAGAGAAUGCUGACUUGGCCAAUGAACUGAGAAACAUUACCACCAGCAAGCAGGAGAGUGAAAAGAAACGCAAGCAGUGUGAGGCCAUCAUCUCUGACCUACAGGUUAAGAUAGCUGAGUCAGAACGCAGUCGUACAGACUACCAGGAGCGACUCACACGGUUGGAGCAGGAGCUCAGUGCUGCCAACAUUGCCAUGGAAGAGGCAGACUCCAGGGCUGUGUCAGCUAACAGCCAACUCAAGAAUCUGGAAUCCCACUUGCAAGAAACUCAGGGUCUGUUGGAGGAGGAGACGCGCCAGAAACUGAAUCUGAAUUCCCGUGUGCGAGCACUGGAACAAGAGAAGGAUCACCUGCAAGAAGCCCUUGAGGAAGAGGAAGGAUUCAAGAGAAACUUUGAGAAGCAGGUUGCCACCCUCCAGGUCCAAUUGAGUGAAGCCAAGAAGAAGGCCGACGAGGAGUCUGGCAAUGCCCAGCAGCUGGAGGAAACACGCAAGCGGCAGAUGAAGGAGCUUGAGGAGCUGCGUGCACGUCUGGCAGAGUUGGAGUCUGCCAACGAGAAAUUAGAAAAGAGCAAGAGGAAGCUUCAGGCUGAGUUGGAGGAUGUCCAGGUGGAUAUUGAUGCCAACCGAGCAAAGGUGGUGGAGCUGGAGAAGAAACAGCGCAACUUUGACAAACAGCUUAAUGAAGAGAAGAGCAAUUAUGAGCGCUGCCAGCAGGAGAAGGAGAAUGCUGAGCGAGAGGCCAGGGAGAAAGAAACCAGGAUUCUUUCUCUUAACAGAACACUAGAGGAAUACAUGGAACGCAUUGAUGACUUGGAGACUGGGAAGAAGAGGCUACAGAUUGAGUUGGAUGACCUUGUGUCCACUCGAGGCACAGCAGACAAAAAUGUGCACGAAUUGGAGAAGGCAAAGAGAGCCCUCGAGUCUCAACUCACUGAACAGAAGACUCAGAUUGAAGAACUGGAGGAUGAACUCCAGCUGACAGAGGAUGCCAAACUACGUCUGGAGGUGAACAUGCAGGCCAUGAAGGCUCAAUUUGAGCGUGACCUCAAUGCCAGGGAAGAACAAGGCGAGGAGAAGCGACGUGGCCUUUUGAAGCAGCUGCGUGAGUUGGAAGCUGAACUGGAGGAGGAGAGAAAACAGCGCACAGCUGCUGUUACUGCUCGUAAGAAGCUGGAGGGUGACCUGAAGGACAUGGAGGGUCAGCUUGAGAUGAACAGUAAGAUGAAAGAUGAUGCUCUCAAGCAGCUGAAACGUGCAGGAGCACAGGUGAAGGAGUACCAGCGGGAGGCUGAAGAAAGCCGGCUUGCAAGGGAGGAAACGGCUGCACAGUACAAAGACCUUGAGCGCAAAAUAAAGGUGAUGGAGACUGAACUCCUCCAAUACCAGGAAGAUCUGGCGUCUGCUGAAAGGGCACGCAAGAAUGCCGAAGCAGAAAGAGAUGAACUGCAGGAGGAGUUGUCACAGUAUACCUCCAAGGUCACCAUUAGUGCAGAUGAGAAGAAGAGGCUUGAGGCACGCAUCUCUACCCUUGAGGAGGAACUUGAAGAGGAACAGAGCAAUGUAGAGGUUCUUAUGGACAAGAUGCGCAAGAACCAGCUAGCGAUGGAGCAGCUCCAGACUGACUACAACACUGAAAGAUCAUCUGUAGUAAAGCUUGAAGGUCAGCGAUCCAUGUUAGAGAGACAGAACAAGGAGCUGAAGGCCAAGCUGGCUGAGCUAGAAUCAGAGAUCCGCUCCAAGACCAAGUCAACGAUUGCUGCACUCGAGACAAAGGUUUCCAACUUGGAGGAACAGCUGGAGGUUGAAGCACGUGACAGACUUGCCCAGGCCAAGGCCAACCGCAAGCUGGAGAAGAAGCUGAAGGAGCUAGUGAUGCAAGUGGAGGAUGAGCGUCGCCAUGCUGACCAAUACAAGGAACAGCUUGAUAAGUCCAAUGCGCGAGUGAAGCAGCUAAAGCGCACCAUGGAGGAGACCGAGGAUGAGCUGUCUAAGGAAAAGAUGCAGCGACGCAAGAUUCAGCGAGAGGUGGAGGACAUGCUGGAGGCUCAAGAGGCACAGAACAGGGAAAUCUCCUCCCUCAAGACCAAACUGAGCCAAGCAGAGGCUGAAAAGGUCUUAAACCAAAUCACAAAACGAACAAAUCGUGGCCUGUGCAAGCUUACGAAGAACGCUUCAUCAUCAAACGUGAUUGAUCUGGCACAGGACUUGAGUAGCAGCGAGGAUGAGAAGCGUGGUGGAGGACUCAGCUCCCGACUAGACUACAUUCCAGUGAAGCGAGGCUCCAUUGCUGCUGCCAGCGACGACUCCCAAAAUGCCGACGACUCCGUGGAUGGGGAGGAAGAUGCCACCAAGUGAAUCAAGAAUCUGGUUGGAGCCAAUCCCUUGGGAGUGGCUAAGACUUCUGAAUCCUCUCAUGUGGGAUGUUCUCGGGUGGAUACAUAAUUAUUUUCUCAAUAUAAAUGAUUAAUGAUGCUUUUUGAAUUUUUUUAUUUUGUUUACCACACUGGGUGCAUAACUCAAGAUCAUCAACCACAAGCACUGGCAAGUGAGGACAUGGUUUCAUAACAUGAAGUACCCUAUACCUGAGUUGGGUUACAUGACUUACCCAUGUGUCUGUCCUCAUUCUCAGCGCUGAGAAAUUGGCUGCACAUUUAUAUUAGAAAACUUCUUGUCUGUCUGUGGAUACAUUGUUGAAUUUGUUGCCAUAACAUAUGUAGAAGUGUGCUCGUGUGUGCGUGUAUGUGUGCAUGUGUGGGUCUGCACCCAUUGAGGAAAAGAAACAAAAUGAAACAUUCCAGAAAAGAGGGAGGGAGGGAGAAAGAAAUUAGGCGUAGUCAUGGUGGCAUGCCUGUACUUAAUCCGGAAGGGGAGACAAGAAUGGAACAAUUCUCCAUGAGUCUGAGCACAAAGCUGCCUCCUCACAACUUUUAAGCAUAUAUCAGUGAGAGAGAAAGAAACCUUGUAUGUAUGCAUAGUGUACCAGACUGUAUGACUGACUGGUUGAGUGUGUGAGUCAGGGCAGAAACCCCAAGUCAGUGGCAGAUGGUACUGAUGGUUGCCAAGCGACCAGUAGCAUCAGCUCACUGCUGAGGAUCAAGUACACCAGGCUGGUGUGACGGGAGUGGAAGGUGACUGGCUCAAAGUGACGUUUUUACAUUUCCUGAUGCCCAAACCUGAGAUGAUGCAUUGCGAUCUUGCUUCACCCACUGCAGGAGCAGCAUGAAUAGCCAGGCUCUGCUGGGUGCAACACUACCGUCACAGGCCUCGCAUAAUGUUAGUCAUGCGCCUGUGCAUGGUAUGCCUUUUUUUACUGUCAUAAUGGAAUUUCUUUUGUAUUAUUAUUAAACUAACAAUUGAAUGCUUUCAAUUUGCUACUACAACUGUAUAGAUUUAACUAACAUUGAAUAAAUAACCUAUUGUCAUUAGUUGCCUAUAUUAUUAUUAUUAUUAUUAUUAUUAUUAUUAUUAUUAUUAUGAUGAUGAUGAUGAUAUGAUGAUGUUACUACUACCUGUAUAGUUAGUUGCCAGACAGUUUAGUGAUGAAAAUUUUCUUAUACAUCCUGUACUACUUUCUUACCCAGAGAUUAGUUACAACCAUCUAUAUAGCAAUACAUCAUACAUCCUUUAAUAUUUUCUUUUCCAGAGAUUAAUUACAACCACGCAUACAACACCAACUUUUGUUUCAUGUGUCUCUCUCUCUCUCGUCUUGUUGUUCACCGGUUGUAACUUUAAUUACUUAUUUAUCUUGCAAGUGACCUUAAAUAUUAUACAAUGCUCAUGAUGUAUUACAACUUCAGCCCUCAAUAUAUCAUUCCCAUUUGUCUGUAGAAAAUAUGGCCUUAUAGAUGUAGUCCAAAAGCUGAUUUGAUAUUUAUAUUCUGAAAGUAGAGCGUAGGCAUCCUUAUGAUGAUAGAGCAAUACAUUGUACAGGAUGGUGAUAAGAAAUAAUGAAAAGGACUGAUUUGUGAUUUAAGGUAUAAAAAGCUUCUAUAAGGUGCUUUGUUUUGAUAUUGCUAUAUUGCAUUUGUUAAUUUGAAGUGAUGAUCAGGUAUCAGAUAGUUAGGUAUAGAUAUAGAAUUUUGAUUGAGAAAAGUUUUUCUAUAAAAGAGCAGGGUACAUCAUGCUUACCAGACAGUUUAAGGCCACCUUUUGUUCAAGACUCAUCAGUUAGAAUGCACAAAGUGCAGUCCAUGGCAAGGAUGUAAUAGAAAAUAUUUGACAUUUCACUCAAGAACGUGACAUACACACACACACACACACUCACACAGACACAUACAUAGUGGCAGACUUUCUUGAUGCUGCCACAAUAUGAUAACCCCCCACAGUGACAAGCCCUCAGUUUACACCAGCAUCUCUUGCUGUUCAUAUGUCUUCACCCCCCAAAAGAUUACUCAAAAUAAAGUGUCCUCAGUAGUGCUGAAGGACACCUAUUAGAUGAGGGACAGGGAAGACAGUGUAGGCCAAAUCAAAAGCCAGUGGUGUGAAUUCAGGACUUGCUGUGUUGGUUAGUUUGGCUCCAGCUCAACAUUAAUGGGUAGGGUGGGAGGGUGGGUGGGAGAGGGGAACCAGGAACCUUCCAAUAGCUGGGAGGGAGACAUCCUGCCACCAGAACAGUCCAAGAGGAAUGACCGUCCAGUUACUCCUUUGCCAUAAUGCAGCGCCAAAAAAGAGGAGGGGGGGAGCACAGUCCUAGGCACCCCUUAGGGAGGAUGGCAUUAGUGGUGGUACUGAUGUUUUGAAGUUCCUAUGCUGAGGAAAAUGUGCCAAGUGCAUCUUUUACUGUUUUCACAUCAGAGUGAGCCAAGGUAAUGAGCCAAAGACAACUGUCAGUGUUAACUUAGGUAAUGACAUUUUUGCCACUGAUUCUGGUGGGGGGAAAAGUGAAGUUUCAUAAAGUCUGCUUAGCUUGCAUUGUAUUUAAAAUCAUUAAAUUUUCAAUAUAUCUUUGCAUACUUUGGAUGCAUUCCAACUGACUGCAAUAAAUGGCCUUAACAA